UCUUUGAGUCCAAAUAGUUCGAGGAAAUGCGGAAAAGAUGGUUUCGUUCAUGGCGACUUCGAGCCACUUCAUUUUAUCGUCUCAUCCCGUCGGACAUUGCCCCGACUUUCCUUCUUUGCCUUUCUUGAACCAUCCGAGAAGACAACCACCUUGUGUUUCUUUUAGUCUCCCUCCGGCGAUAGAAUGCGGUUCUAUGUUGUCUUGUUGUUCAGAAAAGAGGAGUUUGGGUCCUCGUGUUCUCUUGUUCCAGAGGAACUAUCGUUCUGGUUUAGUCAGAAGGUGCAAGAGUUGGGAGACUGAGGGGGAUGCUGUUCUAGAGGCAGAGAUUUUGGAGUUCAUGGGGAAAUCUGAUACUCCUGCUGUUUUUCCGACCAAGAAAGAGUUGAUUGAUGCUGGGAGAAUGGACUUGGUGGAGACCAUUGCCAAGCGAGGCGGUUGGUUUGCAUUGGGCUGGGACAUGGAGGAGGAGGAGCUGGCGGAGUCGGAGUCGGUUCAAGAGGAUGAGUUUCAGGGUUCAAUUUCUUUAACAGCAGAAGAAAUUGAUGAUGGUUCAGUCCAUAGCAAUACUAGGAGAAGCUUGAAACAGAGGGCUGACGGCAAUAAUGAGAGUCUUUCUAUCGAGGGCAUCAAAGUUGGACGCUCCGAGGUUGCACCUUCCUCUAGCUCUCCUUCUUAUCUAGCUUCAGCUUCUGAUGGAUCACCCCAAACGGAGGCUGGAGUGGAGGCAGGGAUCGAGGGUAUCUUGAGUCGCCUGGAGAAUGAGAGAAGUCUGCGCUUUGGUGUUGACUCCAGAGCAAAAGAAAGUCGUAGCACUUCUGACGUGAAGUAUGAGGAAGAAGAUGACGCGCAACCCAAAGUCUCAGCAGAUGCGGUUACUAGCCUUGGAAGAAGCAGCAGAUCUACAUAUUUGAGCACCAGCAAGGAGUUUCAAGGGGAUACCCGUGACCUUCAUAUUCAGAACAGUUAUUUCCUGAAUGCUGAUGGCAUAGGAAGCUCAUUUAAGCCUGAAAUGCGGAGAAAAUGGAGCACUCAAAGGGCAGCAUUUUCAAAUGCUCAAUUUGAAGCCUUUGACUUUGUUCCCAGUGAAAGUAGAGCGGGGAAGAUAAAGGACGAUAUGGACAAUGAGAUGUUCACAAAAGUAAAAGAUGCAAAUGAUACAAAUAAUGUACUAAAAGAUCCAGUUUCUGGUGAUAAAAUGAAUGGACCUAAUCAUAUACGAUCUCGCCUUCAGAACCUGGAGGCUGAGCUUGCUUCCGUGCUUCACUUGUUGAGAUCAAAUGCCGAUGCAUUGCAUAAGGAUCAUGAAAGCUCAUUGGAGGAGUUGCAGAGGCUGCCUGAUGAUUGGGAAUUCCAGGAAACUACAAUCAUGAAAACUCAAAACAAGCUGCGGUCUACCCGUGCAAAGUUAGCAGUACUAGAAGGCAAGAUAGCUCUAUCAAUUAGUGAAGCACAAAAAAUGGUAGAUGAGAAACAAAGGAGAAUUGAUAGUGCUCAAAGGGCUCUACUUCUUCUCCGGACUGCAUGCAUAAUCUGGCCUAUGCCAGCCUCUGAGGUUCUAUUAGCUGGAUCAUUUGAUGGUUGGGCUAGUCAGAGAAGGAUGGAGAGGUCAAGUGGAGGCAUAUUUUCGUUGUGUCUGAAGUUGUAUCCUGGUAUAUACGAGAUCAAGUUUAUCGUGGAUGGUGUAUGGAAGAUUGAUCAACUGCGUCCUAUUGUACAUAACAACGGAUAUGAAAAUAAUCUCCUCAUUGUCCAUAAAUGCAAACAAUGAAAGCCAAGCAACAGGUCUCUUCUUGGCCUCUGUCAUCUCACAAUGGCACAUAACAGGCAUCACAUUCUUUCUCUAUAAUUCAUAACUGGUGGAGGAUACUUUUCUCAUCACUUGAAUUCAUAUGAUGAGUAAUGUAACUCUGUUCCCCC